AUGUACCUUUCGGCUCAUCAUUUUGGAUAUGCUCAGGUCGGCGCCGUGGUUGCCCGAACAUUGUCCCUGGCCUGGAAGAUUCCAAUAAUUCCAGUAAAUCAUUGCGUCGGACACAUCGAAAUGGGCCGACUUAUCACUGGGGCAGACAAUCCCGUUGUUUUAUACGUCAGCGGCGGGAAUACUCAAGUUUUACCUGUUGAAAAAUAAUUAGAAGUGGAGGAUUCAGGUGAUUUCCUACUCCAACAGAAAAUAUCGUAUCUUUGGCGAGACGAUCGACAUCGCCGUUGGAAAUUGCUUGGAUCGAUUUGCGAGGGUCCUGAAUUUGCCGAAUAAUCCCAGCCCCGGGUACAACAUCGAGCAGUUGGCCAAGAAAGGUUGGAAGAAAAUGGGUAGAAAUAAAUAGUAGCUCGUGAAAAAAAAUGUCAAAUUUGCAAAUCAGGUAAUAAAGUCUAUUCAGGGCUGCUUUAUCGUUUUAAAGAGAACUUUCCAAGUUUUUCUGAUUCAUGAUUUUUCUAGUUUGAAAAGUUAUGAUGCUUUUUUUCAUCACCGUUUCAAUGAAUUUUAAAAUAAAUAAAAUAUACUAAAAAAACUUGUUACUCAUUAAGUAUCCGAAAUUUGGAAUAUCAGAAAUUCACCAAAUUUUCACUUAAGUCGAAUUUUUUGGAGGUUCAUUUGGCUUUUAACGCUAAAAUUUCAUUUUUUGGGAUCUCUGAAAAAUUCUAGUUUCUGUGGAUACGAUUUCGAGCCUGUUUCAAUUUUUAUCGACUAUUCUUUUUUUUGGAGAAAGCUUGAUGUUCGAAUGUUAACCUCUUCAAAAUAGAGACCGGGAUCUUCUGAAAACAUAGUUAUUGGUCGAUUUAAAUUGCUCUUUUUCUCUGCGCCCUCCUCGUCACUCGACAACCCUAUCAUCUUGAAGUGCUAUUUUUUAUGUUUCUCUGACGGUGAGAAAACAGAGAGACGCAGACUCUCGGAAACUUCCAAGUCGCGACGAAUGGACUAUACCAAAAGUUGAAAAUGUGCGGAUUGUCUCAAAAAAAGAUUAUUAUUUUCACAGUCAUGCAAAACGUCUUUUUUCCUUUAACUCGAACUCUUUUUUUUCUAGGAGCGAAGCUCUUCGACCUGCCCUAUUGUGUGAAAGGGAUGGACGUUUCUUUGUCUGGAAUCUUGUCGUUGAUCGAGAAAAAAGCCCCACAAGUCAUUGCCAGCGGCGAGUAUACCAGAGAGGACAUGUGCUUUUCUUUGCAGGUAUAUCGCAACAUUCAAGUGGAAAAAUGAACUCUUAAGUGGUCCCUUGAGUAGAUUUAUCGUCCCAAAAAGCGCCAGGUGGUCACUGUAGGAGAAGCUUCGGUUAAGUAUCUAUUAAAAAGAGAUUUUUCUUGAGAGGUUAUCUGAGGCUCCUGAAGUGAAUUUGGUUCAUUAAAUGCAGUUUUUUUAUAUUUAUUCCCUGUUUCCAAAAAAAUGUCUAGGGGGAUCUAAAACAGCAGUUAUAAGCUUCCAAAAAGCCGAAAAAGUUGAAGUCUUCUACCUGGCUCGUACUAGAAAACAGUAACUUUUUACAGAGUUAUUUGGUUUUUCAAGCAAAUUUUUUUGAAGUCGUGGUAAAAAAAUAUUACUCUGAAAAAUGAAUUAAUGAUUCUUAAAAGUCGAAAGUUGGGAGUUAAAUCCCUCAAGAAGCCACUUGAAACUUUUUGAAAGGUUUCAAAAAUUUUUUACAUCAGUUUUAUGUAGUAAAAAUCAUACUUUAACUCAAAAAGUUUGUAACCUAGAAGGGAUCCUGUAUUUUCGCUCUAAUGCUUAAAUUAUCAUUUAUAGCUUCAAAAAUUCAUUUCGAGUCUGAAAUUCUACGUUUUCUCGUAUUUCAAACUUGUUGCCUCGUGUAUGAAUAUUCUGAAUAUUUUCAAAAAAAUCUUCAACUUUGAAAAAAAUCUCAUCAAAAACUUUUUCUGUUUCAAGAUUUCAAUCGUUUGAUUGUUCAAGUUUUCAUCAGCUCUUUGAUUGAAAGCAAUAUUUUCUAGGAAACGGUGUUCGCCAUGUUGGUUGAGAUCACUGAACGGGCGAUGGCACACACUGGAAGCCGAGAAUUGCUCAUCGUUGGCGGGGUCGGCUGUAAUAUGCGAUUGCAGGUUUCAAAUUAACAUUUUUUUAUAAGAGGUUCAAAGUUAUGAGAAUUUUUUUCUUUGAUAAAAAAAUCGGGAAAGUUUGAAAAAAAUGAUAUGAAAGGGGCCAAAUUUAGGCUUUUGAAAGUUUAAAUUGACAGUAAUUUGCGAUAGCAGGUCCAUGAAAAAAAUACUUUUUACAGUUAUCUUGAGCUUCGGGGUAAUUUUGACCGAGAAGUUCCUGAAAAAACAUUUUUUUCUCUGUUAAAACUUUUUUUCAAUCAGAAGAAAAACAUGUAAAGGAGUUUAUAACAGGUUUUUUUAUGAGGUUAUUUUAGUUUAUUUAUUUUUUUCGCCUUUUUUUCGCCUUUUUAAACUUUGUUUAUUUUGGUACAAAUUGUUUGACGCAAGUCAGCGAGUUUUCUCACGAACCAAAAAAAAAGAAAGAUUCCCACAUGAAGAUUCAAAUGAAACGCUCCGAACAAAGAAUCUUCCGACGCCUUUUCUGUAGCCGACCUUUUUGUUCUUUUCCGCACCAAAAUUCCCUUCCUUUCCGCGGUUUUCUCUUUGAAGUACGGGACAUUCAACAAUUCGUGAGCAACGGACGGUCAGAAAAGGAGCAAUAGUGGUUUUUGGAAGAAAUGUCUCGAUUCUAUGCAUUGAAACAGGAAAAGUACUAUGAAGAUGGAUUUCAAGGGAGAAAUUGAAUUUUUUAUCAUUUCUCUGCGUUCUCAAUGUAAUUACGACGGUUUCCAUUGAUUUAUGGAAGUCGAAAGUUUACAAAUUUAAUCAGCAAGUAGCAAAAAAUGUUCCUUUUGAAGACAUAGCAUUCAUUGAAUAUUGACACUUAAUUUUGUUGUUUUAGUCAUAGAUGUAAUAGACUAGGCGAUGAACAAGAAUUUUUAAAGCUAAAACGAACAACCGCCUUUGGCGAACUAUAAGCCCAAACGUGUAGUCAAUCAAAAACUGCAAAGAAAAUUUUAAAAGUUUGGAAAAAUAACAUAAAACAUAUCUUCAAUGUUUCAAUGAACGUUUGUAUUCAUUGAAAUGUGAUAAGAACUAUUAUUACGUAAGUUUACAUAAGCAAUCGUUAUAAUCUUUUUUUAAAUGUAUGUGAAUUAAAGGUGUGUAAACAUAACUUCAAAAGCUGUCAGUAAAGUUGAUUCAAUGUAUACGGGAUACAGACUUACUAACAAGGGAGGUAGUUUUAGUUCGAAGUUUGCAACUUCCUGAAAAUUUUCCAGUACACUUCUUGAUGUACCAAAAAGGUUCUAAAAUCUCAACGUGCGCAAUUUCCAAGUUUUCGAAAAUAAACUCAAAAAUACACUAUUUUAUUGAUUCUUGGGUAGUAAGAAAAAACCACCAGCGAAAAUUCAAACGGCGACUUUUCCGAUUUUUUGAUAUCGCUAGGGGAACUUUCCGACGGCCACCUUUCCGACGGAUUCCUUUCCGACUUUUUUCCCUUAUGUUUUUCGGUUUAUAAAACAUCUAUAAACAUUUUUUUUUCCUAUUUCUUUGUGUUUUAAUCAUGAACCAAUUACCUACUUUAUAUAGGAAGAUUCAAAACGAAGAGUUUAUCGAGAAAAAAAGUCGGAAAAGUAUUAGUCGGAAAGUUCCAUAGCGGUAUGAAAAAAUCGGAAAAGUCGCCGUUUGAAUUUUCGCUGGUGUUCUUUUUUAUACCGCCGAUUCUUGUGGUUUUCCCUGGCCUCGAAAUGAUCCUCCUUGGAAUUAAUGCAGAUUCAAACUCUUAGAAUCUUUAUCUGGUACAUCAAGGAGUGUUCUGGUCAAAUUUUAGAAAUAUCCCAACCGGGAAGCAUAUUGACUUUCCUUGUGAAUAAUUUUUACGUAAUUUCAUUAUCUAUUCAAUUUUUUUAGACAAGCUAAAAAGUAGCUGACCUAUGCAAAUCAAUGAUCAUCCACCUAGGAAAUGGCCAAGGCAAUGUGUGAAGAGCGAGGCGCCCACAUUUUCGCCACCGACGAACGGUUCUGCAUCGACAACGGUGCGAUGAUCGCUCGUGCUGGGGAACUGAUGCUCGGUUUGGAGUCUUUGGCUUGAAAAUCAUGUGAAAAUCUAGUUCAAGGGCAUAAUUCUGAUGGGAAAUGCUAAUUCAGAGCGCUUCACGAGUUUUCAAGUCGAUUUUUAGGGCUUUUAGAAUGGUUUUUCUACUAACCAGGCUGUAUAAAAUGGAAAAUCUUGAAGUUUAUGUGAGAUCUCCCCUUCCCCCGGCCCCAAAAAAAUCAGUCGUUUUUUUAGUUUCCAGUUUUCUCUUGAUGUCACUCUGGUUUUCAGUUGAUUUCGCCAGAUUUAUUUCAUCUCAAUGUUUUUCUUAAGAAGCUGGACUCAAAACGGACGUCUCCAAGGCGACUUUCACACAGAGAUAUCGAACUGACCAAGUUAAUGUCAUUUGGAGAGAUUAAUUAAUUUUUUUCUUUAUCAAUUCCUUGUUGUUGAUUUGUUUUUGAAGAUUCAAUGAAAAAAAUUAGAAAAAUUUAAUCUUUUUGGCUCAUUGGAGCGCAGAAACUUCAUAAAAAAAUGAUCAGAGAGCUCUCUUAUUUUUAAAAAUUUCAAGUAUAAUAUUGGAAGAGUUUUUUUAAAUAUUCGAAAAUUUUAAAAAAUCGCCAAUUUGAUUGUGGAGUUGUUUAUUUAGUGUUUUUGCGCUCCAACGAACAGAUUUUUGAAUAUUUUGCAUUUUUUUUUAUGGAGGGACUCUGAAAUUUCAUCCAAAAAAAGCCAGGGGAGUAUCCAAAAUCUGCUCGAAAAAUGUCCAGUUGAAAAAGAACUUUCUCUAAACUUUUGAAUGGGAAGCUUUUUUUUCAAGUAGUCGCGCUCCAAUGAUAAUUGUUCUCUCAUUUCUACCUUUUGUGAACCAACCUUGUUAUGUUGAAAUUGAUAUAUUUACGUGAUUGUUAAGAUAAAUAAAGUUGACCGUAUGAGUUAGUAUUGCUUCUCUUGGCGGCUGACUUCUCUGGUUGGCUUCUCUUGGUGGGUCAUCUUGAUCGCCUUCUGAAGAUGAACCCUGUUUCAGAGGAUUCUAGGGGCGGAACAUGUCGAUGUCCCCCAGUAUGUCGAACGCGCAGUUGGCUGCCAAACAUGGAACCUGCACUGAGGUUUUUUUUAAAAUUAUAUAACUGUUCGGCUAGCUUGAGCCAUCGACCAAAGGGUCCUGACACGAAAAAAGAAGAGUCAGUGUCUGGUUCGUGAAGGGCGCAGACAGGCCACGCCUCCUUCCCAAGCUAACCGUGAAUCGGCCAUAGUCUGUUCAGAUUUUAAAUUUCAUGUCGUCGCUCAAGCUCCGCCCCUAAUGGUGCGACAAACCAAUCAGAGAGCUAGCCAUCCACAGAGUGUUUUUGAAUGACGUCAUUGCACUUGACAUUGAAAAUAUGAACAGACUAUAUAUGACAGUUUAAGAUAUUUUCCUUGAAAUUCAUCAAGUUUUGGCUCUCGUUUUUCGGAAUCAGAACUGUACUGAAUCUCAAGAUUCUAAGGAAACUGGCCAUCCUUAAAGCUCUUUUCCUGAGAAAGUAUCAUUUUUGAGGCGGUUCACGCGAUGGCCAUGUGGGUGGCGAUGACGAGCACCCUCCCGAUCGUGCUCAACUUGGCGACCCUCGUCGUCCUCGCUCUGACCGUUUGGCAGGUGAAAAAGGUCAAGAAACUCUGCGAGGGCAUCACGUCCAGGUAAAUGGAAGCUUCGAAGCCUUGAAGAUAAAAAUUAUGGGCUUUUUCUGGGAUUAUUUCAGAGUUCCGAUUUUUUGAACGAGUUCUACUCUUUUUCAAGUUCUGAGAACAUUGGCAGAGCUCCAAAAAGAAUAAGUUGAAUAUGAAAAAAAAAAUUAAGCACGAAUUUCACAUUUAUUAUGGACACUUGUGAAGAUAAAGGCGGUUCUAGCUCUUUCAAGGGAACACUUAAGAGGCGUUGGCACCAUUUGAGGAUCACUAAAAAAAUAUUUCAUUUUCAAUCGGUUUUAAAAUCCAUAAAAUCUCUUUUUUCAGCACCCACUGGCUCUCGCGUUCCUCGGUCCGUGUCGGAAUCGGCUCCUCGGCCAAAAGAGCCCUCAACGAGUACGCCCGCGGGAGACCCGAAUUCGCCCUACUCGUCGACAAAUCCGAGUGA